CUUUGAAAUAAUGGAUUUCAGAAUCAGAAUCCACAUAGACAUCAUACAGAAUAUACAAUAUCAGAACACUAACCAUAAAACAUAGAACUCUAGAGUGUAUUAUAGGCUGAUUACAGUGGGAAUAUACGAUUUACAGAUGGGAAAUAUCUGUAUAAGCAGAGGGAGGGAUGUUGCCGUGGCGAAUACAGUAUACAGUGUUGGGCCAUUGCAAUAGAGUGCAGAUUGGUAUUCGAGGUCAUUGAUGACAGGGUGCAGUAAUCAGCCCAAUGCAAAGUCACUUAAUCCCUAUGAGCCUGAUGGCCGGUUGAUGAGGGCCACGGCAUGGGGGAAGAAACUGUUCAGGUGGCGGGCGGUUUUGGUCAUGAGUCUUUGAGAGAUGGGGUGUCCGGUGUGGGCAGCGUCGGCGAUGAUCUUAUCUGCACGCUUACUUGUCCUGGAGGCGUGCAGGUCCUUGAUGGGAGGCAGGUGACAACCGGUGACCUCCGCAGACCGGACGAUGCACUGCAGUUUGCCCUUGCAGCGGGUAGACGCAGACCCAAACCAGACGGUGAUAGAAGAGCUCCCGAUCAUGACCUCCUCUGUGGUCAGCCUGUAUUUCCUGGAGCUGACCGACGUGUUCAAACCGGUGCGGUUGGGUUACAGCUGCAAUGACCGCAGUCUGAGCAUGCCCUACAUCAAGCCCGCUGAGGAAGUCAUCCCUUUCCUCAUGCUCUUCAGCCUGGCCUUCGCUGGACCUACAGCUACGAUAAUGAUAGGAGAAGGUAUCCUAUAUUGCUGUCUAUCUAGGAGAAAGACUGGGGUCAAAACAGAGGCCAAUAUCAAUGCGGCCGGCUGCAAUUUCAACUCGUAUAUACGGCGUGCAGUUCGGUUUGUUGGGGUCCACGUAUUUGGACUGUGCCUCACGGCUCUCAUCACUGACAUCAUCCAGCUGUCGACGGGCUACCACGCCCCAUACUUCCUGACAGUGUGUAAACCCAAUUACACCACGCUCAACUUGACCUGUGACGACAGCUCCUUCAUAACAGAGGACUUCUGUUCUGGAGGAGCAGACCCAGCCAUCAUCAACGCUGGCAGGAAGUCCUUUCCCUCGCAGCAUGCCACUCUGGCCGCCUUCGCUGCUGUCUACGUCUCUAUGUACUUCAAUGCUACGUUGACGGACUCCUCCAAGCUGCUGAAGCCCCUGCUGGUCUUCACCUUCAUUAUGGGUGGCAUCAUCUGUGGCCUGACCCGCAUCAUCCAGUUCAAGAACCACGCCAUCGACGUCUACUGUGGCUUCCUCAUCGGAGGAGGGAUCGCCGUCUACCUGGGUCUGUAUGCAGUGGGUAACUUCCAGCCUACUCGGGACACGUCCAGACAGCAGCCUCAGCCUCCCCCGCUCCGUGAGCCCCCCAGGAGCAACACCGUGCCCAACGUCAGCCAGAGCGCAGGGCACCACCUGCAGCCCAACAGCCUCAACAGCAUGAACAGCCUGAACAGCAUCAGCACCACCGACAGCCUCACCGCCGCCCGUCCCGCGACCCUCCUGACCCGGGUCCACUCCUGCCGCGACUCCAGCUCCCUGAACAACCUGAAGAGGGCCAGUGCUGACGUGGAGUGCAUCACCUCGUCAAGCACCCUGUGUAAACAGGACAGCCUGGUGACCUUUAACAGUAGCACGUUACCCAGGUCGCACGGUGGCUCGCUCCCCGAGGAGCACCGGGUCCCGCGCCGCCACGCCAGCAUCCAUGCCUCCAUGGACUCCACGCGCUCCAAGCAGCUGCUGUCGCAGUGGAAGAGCAAGAACGAGAACCGCAAGCUCUCACUGCAGGUGAUGGACAGUGGGGUGGUGGUGGGACGCCAUCAUUCAACAUCCUCCUCCUCGCCCCAGAGGACCAUGGAGCUGAGGUGCAGCUCUGAGCCAUCCGCGAUGGGCCUGGAGGCGGAGCUCCGAGCUCAGGGCCACAUCCCUGCCCAGUACAUGAAGCUGGCAGCUAACAUCGUGCCGCUGUCCAACCACCUCCCCCACAAUGGGGGCAGCAGCGGCCUGGCCGCGGGGGCCCGCGUCUCCAUCCAGUCUCGGCCAGGCUCCUCCCAGCUGGUCCACAUCCCCGAGGAGACCCAGGAGCACAACAGCAGCACCUCCACCAGGGAGGAUGAGGAUGACGAGGACAGGGAGGAUAGCUAUGUCGGCGGUGGGAUCCCUGGCGGGGGAGGCUCGGUGCGCUCCAAGUGGCUGAAGGUGGCCAAAGAGGGCGCCCUCUGCAGGACUAACAGCCUAACUAACCAGCCGCGCAUCAUGCAGGUCAUCACCGUGUCCAAGCAGCAGGGUCUGCUCCAGCACGGCAGCCCCAAGAGCUCUGAGGACGGUAGCGUGGUCAGCUGCACAGGCUCCAUCCAUUACAAGGCCCUGACGGACCAGGAGCCCGGCCAGGGCAUUGUGAGGGUAGAGGCCCACCCGGAAAACAAGCCUGUGAUCAAGCCUCCGGACGGCAGUGGCUCCUGGAGGUGGAAGCCGCAGGAGCAACGGGGCAGCAUCCGCCAGUCCUUUGAGUUCAACGACCUCAACCGCGACUCGGAGAGCUGCGACUCGCUCAAGGACGGCUACGGCUCCAUCGACGGGAGGAUGAGUCAGACGGGCACGGACACUGGCAGCGAGCGUGGCGGUGGGGAAGGGGGUCAUCCCCAUGUGCACCACCCACACUACCAUCACCACCACCACCACCCCCACCAGGGCAUCACCACCAUCCGUGUGACCCCUGUGGAGGGACUAAGUGGAGGGGGCAGCGAGGCCGCCUCCGAGACCCUUUCCAUUGCCUCCAGUCGGGAGUCCACCCUGCGGAGGAAGGGCAAAAUCAUCCUGCUCCCGGAUAGAGGUCCAAGUCCGGACAACUCCAGGAACUAUUUCAAAGGGACCUCCCCCACACCGCCCCCCACCCUGGGUCUGGCGUAUAGGGAGUGAACAGAUACACAGUCAGCACUUAUUCUUACCAUUCCCCCUUACUGCCCAUGUGGUGGUCCUAUCUGUCCCCCCCAUGAGUGGCCUUCUACACUGGAUCUAGUCUGGGCCCCACAAUGAGACCAAUGAGAACAUUCAGCUCAUAAACGGCUGUAUAUUAUCAAACCCGUCAUGGAUUCAGUGGUGUUAGCUGGGCUGGAUAAAUUGUCCAAUGCCAUUCUAAAGGUCAUAGUUCAUUAGAGCUAGCUUAGUGUUUCAGGUCCAGGAAGGCCACUGUACAGUACAUAGGGUUUUUUCCAUUACUCAAUAAUCUGAUAAUACUUCAUUUUUUGCAGUUGUUUUACUGUUAGACCUGGUUUGAUAGGACCAGACUACCUUUAUUGGUGUGUGUUCUUUGAGAAAAUGAAACUAUAGCACGCACAAUAAUCCUUUAAGAAUGCAGGAGAUGCUGGAUAAUCGCAACAAGGUAAUUUUGCGCACACUUUUCAACCCUCAUUUCAUUACAUUAACUUUGAUCCAUUUGAGAAGCACAACUUCUAACUCUUUUUAUAUAGUGGCUGUAGUGGUUUGAACUUAGAAUUUGAUACUAUUUGUUAUCACCCUGCAAGAGCCUUUGAUGGCAAAAAACGGUGCAAGUUGUUUAUUAAGGGUGCGUUCGUAAAUUCUCUCCGAAGUGCCAGAGAGUGCUCUGAGUGCACUCUGGGCGUUCGUAAAUUCAGAGCGUUGUCAGAUUUUCCGUUUGUAAAUUUAGAGUGUUUCGCUCUCGGAGCUUUCAGAGCGCACACUGGACGCUCUGGCCGAGGAGUGGGGUUGAUCCGAGCGUUCUGACCUCACAACGGCAGUCAAGCACCCAAGCUAACUGGCUAAAGUUAGCUAGCUUGCUAGCUACUUCCAGACAUGAGAGAACACCUCACUCUGACUAUUUUACUCACCCUAGUAGAGCUGGUUAGGCUGUUUUCAUGUUAUCCAGAGCGUUGGUGACUGUAACUGUGCUGCUGGCAACAAUUUAAUUACACGUUUUUUUGCCAAUGUUUACUGAUACUGGCCAUAUUCAACGGGUGUUGAGUGUUCGUAAAUUCAUCAGUUAUUCUGCGCUCUGGCACACAGACGAGAGUGCUCUGAAAUCGGAGUAGAUAGCCAGAGUGAACUUACGAACGCACCCAAAGUUGAUAGACAUGAUGUUUUGUAGGCUUUUUCCAUUGACGACCUGUUCUCUUUCUCAGCAUAUAAAUAUCCCUGUGUAAUGUGACUGUUAUAGUGUGUUGCACUGCAUAGCAACUGCAUAGUAAAUGCAUAGCAACUCUAGAGGUGCUUUUCAUAAUACAACUUUCAUACAUAUAGUACCCUGACAAUUGUGAAAAUAAAUGUUUAUAUUUUUUGCAAUGUACUGUACAUAUUUAUAGUACUCUGAUUGUGCUGCCAACAAUAUUCACAUGUCCUCAUUUGCUUUUUGCUAAUUAUUGAUAGUCUAUUUUACCAGAGAUGUGUUUAUUCAAAGUUGUUGUUUUUGGAACUUUAGCAGGAUAUGCAUUGAUUUGGCAGGUGAUUUAUAAAAGAGCAAUGUUUUGAGAAAUCACCAGACAUUAUCACUGGGGUUCCAAUAUUCCAGUAACUCUCCCAAAAUUCCCAGGUUUUUCAGAAGUCGUGAGUGAAUUUCCUCCAGACGCUGGGAUUCUUACAACCGGGAUUUCUGGAAAACAGUAUGUCAUGUUUUUUUGUUUUAGCUCACAGGUAUAUACAGUAGCAAAUACUGUAUAUUAAUAGACAACAAAGGGCAGUGGAUACAGUAUGUAAGAUAAUUGAUUAGUAGGGGCAGUGGGUUAACUAUGUAAGAUAAUUGCUUACUAGGAGCCUUAUAAAAACGAAUAAAAACAUUUCUUAAAGAUGGGAAAUUCAAGAAGGACUUUGAGUCUUUGUGUCCUUUGUUGCCUUUAAAAGAAGUAUACUAAUAAGUAUUUGCUGUUAGCCACAUUUUGAUAAAGUAACCUUUUUGCUAUCAGUCCACUAAAAUGUUAGUUUUUUUCAACUAAAAUAUAUAACUGCUGUACAAGUUGUGAAUGCUACUUACUUUGCACUCAACUCAUUUUCAAGUAAAUGUAUCUAUUGAUGAGUGCCAUAAAAUGGAAACCACUUUCGGGAGAGGCUUCACUUCCCAUCCAUUACUAUGCGCACACUAAUUGGUCUAAUUAUCCGGUUGAUUUUCCAGAUUGGACAAUGUGACAGCCAAGCCUGUGCUGUGGACUUUGGAUGUACUGUUAGAUUAAAUUAAAUCAUACAUUAGUCUCCCUUGGGCUAUAAUGUACCAUGUACGAGUCACGACUGAAGCCCUGUUUAUACCUUGUUCUAACAUGCGACCUUUCUUGAUCUUGUUCACAUUCUGACUGUGCAUCGUGAUUGGAUUGUGAUCAGAUCUUUCAGCCCACAUCCGGAGGUAGUCAGGUACACAGAGGUAGUCAGGCACACAAGUGUAGACAGAUGUGAACAGUGCAACCAUUUAAAUCAUCGUUAUCUCGCCUUUUAAAAUCAUUGACAGAUGGCACCAUUGACUUAUGUCAUCAAUAUGUGUCUUAAAAUAAAUAAAUAUUAUUUUGAAAGAAUAGCAGUCAAAUAAUUUACAUACAAGGAGGAACCAGGAAAUCUGGUACCAAUGCAGACACAGUGGACGUAUUAGGCUUUUCACAUCAGAUAUUUUUCAGAGCUGAUCUGAUUUGUCAAAAGGCCAAUUUGUGAAACAAACAUCAGAAUUGGGCUACCUGUGUAAAUGCAGCCUUUAAGACAUUUUAAUACCACAUUAGACGCAUUUCUGAAAAUGUGGGCGCUAUCAGAGUGUCACUAUCACUAGCUAUCACUAGCUAACAGGGAAAAAAAUAGGCUAGGUAAUUUGAUUCUUCUUACAUGUACAGUACUACUAAAUGUAAAAAGGACUGGUGUAAACAUACUCAAGAGAAAGUUUCCUAUCGCCAUAUGUUUUGCUAUUCCAUAUCUUUAACUAUUCCUUUCUUAAAAUUGAGAUUGACUUAAUAAUUUAUAUUCAUUUUAUUUAAGGAUUUAAACCUAACCUAUGACCUUAAAAGUCACCUUAUGUAUAACUGCCUCCCAGUUGCAAGAAGACGACAUCCCAAAAAACACCCCCAAAAAAACUAUGCAACACAAAUAGCUCCUAGCCUCCCAUGCAUGCUGUCUGUCCCUGAAACUAAAACUGAAACUAAGGGCUCUAUUAAAUCCAUAGCGCUGAAGAUCCGCUAUAUAGCGUGAUUGACAAUUUAAGGCAACGUUCUCGGCGGGCGCGGAGACUGCAUUCACUGUAAACGUUGCAUAUGUCGGCUCAAUCGGAAAUUACCUUUACAUUUUAAUGCGGAUCUUCGGCGAUACUUUGGUGAUACGGAUUGAAUCCAGCACUAAAUAAUAUCAAAACAAAAUAUAAGUAUUUUUAUACAACUAAAACUAAAUCAAAACUAACAAAUCAGGUCGGAAAGCGAACUGAAACUAAACUGAAUUUCAAAUAAAAAUGUCAAAAUGAACAGAAAUAAAAAUGAACAUAAAAACACAAAACUAUUACAGCCUUGAUCUAAAGUACAUAAGUGAAAAAAAUAACAUUACUUUCACUACCACUGGUUAGUGGCACUGUAACUAUCACAUAUGAUACAUAUGUGUGUGAUAUGCUGCCACUGAACAAGAUAACUGUUCAAUAACAAAUAAUCAAUGAUUUAUAUCAAUUUUGUUGUUUACAAAGGUAGAACCAUUCAACAAUCUAUAAAUGUAAGUAGGGCGUGUAUAGUACGUAUAUUAUAGUACGCUGAUACCUUUACAAAACUGUGCCAAGAGCUUACUGUACAUAUACAGCAGGGGUCUCAAAGCCAUUUCGCCGGGGACCACGUUCUCUUGUCUUGUCUUCAAUCAGGUUAAAUCAAGGUUAGACCACAUUAAAUAUGUUUGUGGCCCAUGGGCCGCCAGUUUGAGACCCCUGACAUGAGUGUUAUGUGCAUAGAACACUAUCUACUCAUGAAGUAACAUGAGACUUGAGAUAUCUACGACAGUAUAAUUUUUACAGUGGUCAUGAUAUGUCAGUUGCAUUUGGAUUGCCAAGAUAAGGAAUGUAUUCAGUUUGUUUGUGUCUGUACACAAUAAUAUGACCGUAAGACUGGAUGUAUUAUAUGAAGAUAUUGUUAAAAAUUUCCAUCAAUAAUCACGUUUUCUUUGUGUUUUUCUUUUCAGUGAAACUGAAUUAAUAUUAUAUAAAUAUUAUACAUAUUUUUUAUGUCUUGAAGGGUAUAUUGGAGGCGACAGCUUAAGGGGAAAAAGUUUUAUACUUGCCUGUAUACUUCCAUGAUGGCUUUAAACUGUGGUCAUAUCUGCAUGGUCAUUUUGAUAUGUACUGUAUCUAAAGGCUUAUUUUUUGUAUAUGACACCUUUUGAAAGUUAUGGCUGGUACCUUGAUUUAUACCUACUCAAUCAAUCAACCAAUUGAUUAACUCGUAAUUAUUUCUAUCACUGUAAAUACAAUAUUUGUAACUUUGCCAUGCAGACAACGUUGUUACAGUGUAGAGUCGGUAGGAAAGCAUAUCUACAGAAAUAAAUCAUGUUUGGCAGAAGAAGAUGUUUGAUGUUUAAUAGACUGAGGAUGUAUUUGUAUAGAGUUAAGAGCAUAGAAAUUGAAUUUAUAGAACUAUCAUCUAGUCAUUCUAUUUCUAUGGUCGGACUGUCAGUUGGCUUUAUUAUACAUCUGUAACGUUGGCCUGUGCACAUUCAGAACAGAUGUGGUGAUUGGUGGAUAGCUUUGUGGCUAACGAAACAGAAGUCUCAGUCAGAAGUCGCUCCUAUUUAGAGGGUGAAUUCCAAUCAUUGUGUAUAAUGAUACCACCAGACAUACUCUGUAUUUCACAUUCUAAAUACACUCUGUAUUUCACCAUUCUAUGGAGUUGACUAUGUCUAAAUAUUGAAAUAAAUGUUUGAUUAUCAAACUGGA